UCGUUCAUAUCUGCGAGUCCGAGGGCGGAAGUUGUUCACAACAGUGAACACAUGCUUUUUUGGAAUGUGUCUAAUAUUUACCUUGGAAAUGUCUUUUAUUGCCCUCAUAUAUUGAAGUUUCAGUAGAAAAUACCCGAAAGAUGACGGCCCAGGAGGUGCGUCUGUGCGGACUCCUCUUGCAGGAGCAUUUUGGGGAGGUGGUAGAAAAAGUGGGCACCCAACUCAUCAGGAGCGGAGCGCUCACACUACGCGCCAUUGUCCAGGAAACCAACAUGCCCCUUGACCUGGCGAAGAAGUCUCUGUGUGUGCUGGUACAGCAUGGUCUCUGCCUAUUUGGGAGUGCGCGUCGGGGCCCUGGGGGGCCGGUGGAAUACCGCGUGUGUGUGGAGAAUGUGCUGCACAUGCUGCGCUACCCCCGCUACAUCUACACGGCCAAGAGUCUCUACGGAGACACAGGGGAGCUCGUCGUGGAGGAGAUCCUCCAGAGAGGACAGAUGACCAUGAGCUGCGCGGUCAAGACUGUUGCUGACAGGCUCACACACAAUAUGGAGGAUGGCUGCAGUAUGGACUACAGUGAGGUGAUCUCUGCGUUCUCCAACCUGGUGGAGACUCACUUCCUGCAGCGCUGCCCUGUUGCGGCCGAACAGGGAAGUGCACCUCCGGCAGCAACAAGCACAUUAGAGACUGCUCCAGCACCCCCUGCCAUCACCCGCCCCCCAGCACCUGAAAGUAACCCUGACUGUUACAAACUGCCUCACAUAAACCUCAGAGGCCGAGGCAAACGCAGGCGGUCCAGUGAGGAUGGAGAGGACAAGAGAGAGGCAAAGCGACCAAAACUAGAGAACGGAGAGCCUGUGGGUGAUGAGGGGAUUUACUGGCAGGUGAACUUUCAGCGUUUCCACCUGCACUUCAGAGACCAGGCCAUCAUCAGCGCCGUGGCCUGCAAGCUGGACCAGACCAGCAGUGAGAUCGUCAGGACCAUGCUGAGAAUGAGUGAGGUCACAACUCAGCCUGGUGCUGCCCAUACACAACCACUCUCAGCCAAUGAGAUUUUCCGAGCUCUUCCCCCGAGCUACAGUAUUGGCAGACCCAUUCUGGAUCAGUACCUUACCUUACUGGUGGAUGACCCGAUGGAGUUUGUGGGGAAGUCGGGAGACAGUGGAGGGGGAAUGUAUGUCGUCAAUCUGCACAGAGCCCUGGCCAACCUGGCAAGAGCCACUCUGGAGUCUGUGGUGCAGGAGAGAUUUGGCUCGCGGUCGGCUCGCAUCUUCCGGUUGUUGCUACGGAAACGGCACCUGGAGCAGAAGCAGGUUGAGGACUUUGCCAUGAUUCCAGCCAAAGAGGCUAAAGACAUGCUGUACACACUACUGUCAGAAAACCUGGUUCAGCUGCAGGAAAUCCCAAAGACCCCAGACCACGCCCCAUCCCGUACAUUCUACUUGUACACGGUCAGCCAGCUCCCCACGGCCAGGAUGCUUCUGCAGCGCUGCUAUAAGACAGUGAGCAACCUUAUCGAGAGACGCCUCUUUGAGACCAAAGAGAACAAGCGUCAUCUGGAGAAGUCUCAGCGAAUCGAGGCAAUCCUUGCAUCACUACAGAACACAGGGGCGGAGGCUACUCAGCUUCAGGAAGUGGAGGAGAUGAUCACCGCCCCCGAGAGACAGCAGCUGGAGGCUCUACGACACCAUAUCAACAAGCUGGACUCCAGUGAGAACCAGGUAGAUGAGUCCAUAUUCCUCUUGGAGUCCUACGUCACCUCCACAGGCACCUCCCGCUGACACUGAGACAGGUGGGGGGAGAGAGAGAGAGAGAGGGAGAGAGGAGGGCGAUGAGAGAGCCAUUCCCGUCACAGAUGUCUAAUGGAGGAUAAGUUAUGUCUGACAAUGCAAGCCAAGAGUCCCUUUUUUGUUUUACUGUUAUGAUGAAUGGAUGCUCUCCUUUGUGUGUUUACGGCGAAAAGUGGAGGGGGGAGUGAAUAGAGGCAGAGGAAUGUGAUAACCGGAUGGCACCCAGCUCUGGAACGGCGCUAGCCCAGAGUUGGGCCUGAACCGGGCCGAAGCCACGCCAGAUCAGGGCUGGAUUUGGGUCAGCUGCUGUCUGGAUGAAACCCGCAUCAUCAUUUCUUUGAAUAUUUUUUUUCAAUAAAAUAUUUGGAUUUG